CCGCCAAAAAGCAGCCUGCCUUGUUUUACCUUCCUUACUGCUGCCCCCCACCCUCACUGGGCAUAGUUCGUCAAAUUUAUUUCUUAUCGUCGCCUGUCAUUUUAUCGUCCGUAUUGUUUAGUUGUUCGUCUUAUAUUUUGUAUUAACCAUUCUUAGUUUUAGUAAUUUUUUACUUCUAUGCUCAAAGGUCAUGCCUCAGUAGUUACACACAACAUAUAACAGUAUGCUCAAAACAAAGUGUUUUCAAUACUUCAGUGAAAUGUAUUUUGGAAUGAGCAACACUCUUUUUAAGUAGCAAUCUGCUGGACCCUGAUGGAUUCUUCUCAGUGAUUGAUCAUGGAUGGUGCUCAUUGUACACCUAGCCCAGAUGAAGAAAAUUGUCAGUCAACAGCCUUUACAGUUACCUUUGAAUCUGCUAAAGCGGCAAAUAACAGAUUUAUCAAGCGUCACAUCAGAAAUCUUUCUCUGCCAGUUGUCAAAGUAUAUGAUAACAAAGUAGUAACACCUCCAGUUUUUAACGGAAAUGAAACUGCCAAGAAACCAGGAAAUCACUCAGAAGGUUAUUUUUCCAGUGAUGCUGAAGAUGAUCAUGGUGUCUCUAAGAUGUCAUUCUUAAAACAUGAAAAUUCACCCACGAAAGAAGAAGAAUCAAGCAACGAAGAGGAAGAAGAGAAAUCAGAAGGAGCACCUAGUGAAGCUGGUACUUAUACCAUUGAUAAAGAAUCCCCAGAAGUCGUGACAGCAAGACUCAGCAUUGAUGCAAAAUUUGGUGUAAAACAAAAGGAAAAUCAAGACAGUAAGGAAUGGGUAAGUGAUUGGGCUUUGAAGUCAUCUAAUCUGCCUGGUCCUUCAGCUACAAAUCUUUUUUCAUCAAAGACAAAAGCUAAUUUGGUGAGUAAAAUCCCUUCACCGAUUACACCACGUGCUAGACUUGGUUCGAGAAGUAAGAAAAUUGUGCCUGCAAAACCUAUUGAAAGAUCCAGGCCUAAUUCUCCAAACGUUGUGAUGUCGAAGGAAGACCCAUUGACAGAGAAUGAUACUGAAAGGUACCUGAAAACAACUGAAAGAGCAAUGACAGUGCUCGCUGCCCGGAUGAGUCUUUCUCUCGACUCUGGAGGAGAAUCCGACAAUGGAGAAACACCUAGAAGAGGGAGACCUUUACAGCGCUCUGAUUCUAGUGCAAGUGAGUCUCACCAUUCAAGACAAGCUGGGACAUCUUCGACCCGUUACAAUAGGGCUUUCAGUUUACGAAGGGGUCGGCUAGAUGAUGGCACUACCAAGAAGAUAGAAUCAGUACCAGUUAAACCAAUUAGUCCAAGGGUUGUGCAACCCCCUAGAGUUAAACCAUCUGUCACAUCUCCAGCUCAAAACAAUCUUUCAAGGAAUGACAUCACACGAGCUAGUAUGAGGUCUGUCGUUAGCCAAAGGUCCCCGCAGUUGUCCACCCCAAAACCAGAUUUUGGUCGGAAAAAGAUUGGAGUACCAGGAGCAACUGGUGGUAGGAGUAAUUCAUCAUUGUCCUCCAAAGAAGUUGAAUUUCAAAACUGGAAGAGGAGAAAGAGCUAUGACCCUAUGAAGGCAGCUGCAGAAGGGAAACGCAAAGAAGCUGCAGCUAAGAAGACAUCUCCAAAUGUUAUGAGCCAGUCAUCGACUAAUGCUACCACUACACCUAAGAGUCCUGUGAACUCCGUCCUGAGGUCAGCAUCGUUCCACACCACAAGGCAGCUUGGUGGGCCUCCCCAAUCAUCGUCGGAAGAGGAAGAAGAAGAAGAAGAGGAAGAAGAGACAACACUCUCAGCUGAAGACUGGCCUCCAAAGUUACCUAACGCAUUAGAACAGGAGAAUAAUGUGCCUGGUGGAAGCAGAGGUUCUCUCUAUUCCAACAAUUCCAGUGGUGGUUCUCCUCGUCAUCGGCCACGGCUGGAGGGAGUGGAUAACUUCAUUGUCUCGGCUAUCGCUACCAUAUCCAGUCGAGUCAAUAUUAAUACAGCUCUAAUUUUAAAGAAAUUGAGAUUCCUGUUUGAUGAAGAGAGUGACAAGUACAAGGAUUUGAGUAGUGAACUUGAAUUGCUCGAGGCAGGUAUCGAACCUUCAACUAGUCCAAACAAGUCAACUUCUAGAGACCUAGCCAUCACGUUAAAGAAUCUGAAGAGGCUUGAUUCAGCUGUCAAAGUUCUGAAUGAAGUGCUGUUCGAAAAUGUCGAGUACCAAUAAGGAGAAGCCCCUAUAGCUGCUCUUUUAGAAUAUAUUUUUUUAAUUUUAUUACCAAUCCGAAAGCAAGUGCAAUCGCUGUACCCAUAUCUUUAGUUUUAUAUUUUACCUGUAAAUUUGCCUGUUCUUAGCUCAUAAGAUACAGCGUGUUAACCAAUACUUUAUAUUUAACCUUCUUAAAGGGAGAGGAGUAAGUACUAUGUUUUAAUUAUAUAAAUUAUAGACAGAGCUGAAUUGUAUAAUUUUUAUUUUUAUUUUUAUUUCACAUCAUCAGUCUAUCAGUGGUUGGGUUUGAAUGUUGAUAUAACUUGAUUUGAUAGAACUCAUCUGUUUGUUUUGGCGAUGAAUAUUUAUAGAAGAGAGAUUUGUAUUGACCUAUAUAUUGUGCCAAAUUGAUUAAAGUAAUGAAUGUGUUCAAAGUGUGAUGUAUCUCCCUGCCCCCGCGAUGUCUGCCUCCUUUUAGCUCUCUUCCUGGCGAUCUUACUGACUUAAUGACGCUUUAUAUUGCAAACUUCAGUUCAAUUAUAUUUUAUAGCUUUUAACCAUUUAUUAUACCUCUUUUUACUCUUACAAUCUAAACAUAUAUUUAAUAUUAAAAAAACAAAACAAAAAAACAGAAUGAAAUACCACAAAUACAAGAUUUGUUUAUCUGUUUUUUAAAAAGAGGAAAAAUCUAAGUGGCCAACAAAUGUAUAGUUGAUAGAUGUCUUUGUGUAAAUAUGUUUAUACUAUACAUAUAUUAGAUUUUUUUUAUUUAUGUUUAGACAUGUAUAUUAUAUGAUCAUAAAACUUUGUAAGUUGUGAUAUCUAUUACCUGUGUUACAAUGUCUAGUGAAGCUAGAAAUUAUUGUUUUAUGUGUACAAAUGUUAAGAUACAUUGGAAACAAUUAAAACCUUCCUUAGGAAUGUCUUUCUUAAGAUUCUCAUCAUAUUGAAUCAAUACCAUUAAUAGUUUAUGCAUUUUCCAGUAAAUUGUGAUGUCCUUAAAUUAUAUUCAUAUUAUUU